AUGGGAAACAUAAUAGGAAAUAAAGAAAAAAAUCCCAAUAAGACAAACAUAAGCAUAUUUGAAAAAAGAUAUGGCUAUAAUCUGAAUGAUUUACAUAGUUAUAUAUACCAAAUUAAUCUCCCCCUAAAACCACCUUAUAUAAAUUAUGUAUUUCAAGAAAAAAAGGGAAAAAAUUAUUCCAUGGAAAAUUUCAAAGACAAAAAUAAUGAUAACAAAAUUGUAAACGAUUUAAAUAAUUCAGUAGAUAUAUAUAACAAAUAUGAUAAGGAGAAUAUUAAUAAUUCUAAUAAUAUUUAUAAAAAUAAAUUAAUAAUAAACAAUGUAGAAGAUAAUAAAAAACAUGAUGAUAAAUAUGUCCAUUUGGGAUAUAAUAGAAAUUAUAUAUUUGAUGAAAAUAAAAAUAAUAUAUAUACGGAGGAUAAUAUUUCAAAAUAUAUUUCUGAACAAAAAAUUAACGAAAAAAAUAAUUUUGAUAUAAAAAAAACUUAUUUAAAUUUAUGUUUAAAUUAUUAUAAUAAUAUAGAUACAUGUGUAACCAAAAAAUAUCAAAAAAAUGUUCAAAAUAAAAAAUAUAAAUUUACCCGUUUGCACACAUGCAAACCACAUUAUAUUUUAUUUUCUCGUUGCGUAAAAUUUCGAGACAAAAAAAUAAUGAAGGAAAUUAAAAAAAUGGAAUUAGAGUAUUACAACACACUUAGCCCCCCAAACAAGUUAAGCUACCUAAGCGAAUUUUCUACCAAUUUGAGUUAUCAUGAGUAUCGAAUAAACCAGGCAUGUGAAGGCGUGGAAAAAAUAAGACUUAAUAAGGAAUUAAACGAAUUACGAGAAAGAUAUAAUAACAUUUUAAAAUCUAACGAGGUACAUGAAUGA